UGGUUCGAGGUCACCGGAAGAUCCACUGACAAGGACGAAACAUGGCGGCGGCGGCAGCAGCAGCAAGCAAGAAGGUGUUCGAAGUAUUUGUGACAAAAGUACCAUGGACCGUCGCAACCAAGGAGGUUAAAGAAUACUUUGGCCAGUUUGGACAGGUGAAGCGGUGUCUACUACCACUUGAUAAAGAGACAGGUUUUCAUCGGGGGUUUUGCUGGAUAGGGUUCACUACAGAAGAAGGAUUACAGAAUGCAUUACAGAAGGAUCCUCACAUCAUCGAAGGAGCAAAGCUCCAAGUGCAGAAAAACAGAAAGCCAUUUUCUGGAAGAAGGUUAAACAAAGGAGAAGAAAUAUAAAGAGGGCUGGGUACAAUUAUCAAGUGGUGUUACUUCAGUAACUGUCUUCAGAACUAUUAUUUAUUGUGGCCAUCUCUAUUCUGGACAUACCUGUUUUCAAAAAGUGUCAGUGUGUGUCAGUCCUUGUGUUGACUUCCUGUCUAGUGUAUUUUCUUAUAAAACUUCCAAAGACAUGGAAGUCAUAAAAUGAGAUGUUUUGGAAGGCCAUUUGUGACUGCUAGAGUAUUAUUUGAGUUUGAGUGUAUUUAUUUUAUAUAAUAUGCUUAAUAUUAUACUUUAAAUAUUUUUAAAUAAAUAAAUUAAUAAUAUAUUAAUAAAACAAUUGUAAUUGUCAAUAACUAUUAGGUAUUAACUAGAAAAU